AUGCGAGUGGCAAAAACUCUGAGGGAACGAUGCGAUUUGGUACUCUACCUAGACUCGUUCUUUGUUGUCUUGCAUGGCAUCGCUGGGUGUGGGAAAUCAUCCUUAGCUGCAGCGGUUCUUGCCGAUACACCGGACUUGUUGGGAAACUGUUUUGAAUCUGUCAUAUGGCUUCGUGAUUCGAGUACAGAGCCGAAUCGUGUCCGCUAUCUCUUCGCUGAUCUUCUGCUCAUGCUGUGGGAUGAUGUGGCCAGCGACCCACCGAGAGUGGACGACAUGUCAUCUGUCUAUCUAUACAAGCAGAUUGAAACAGCGUUGAUCGAUCGGCCGAAUGUCUUAGUUGUUCUUGAUGAUGUUUGCCAGAAAGAGACAGUGAACUUCGCAAACCAGUUAGGG